AUGCUUCCUCCCAUGAGGCGAGCAAACACCAAGGACUUGGCGUCGCGGCCGGCGGGGGCGGGAAACCACGGUUCCGACGAUGAAAAGCACGAACGGCCCGCCGUCCUGGCCGACUCGGAGGACAGUUCGUCAGACCUCGAGACCGAGCAGGAGAGGCGCUCGCUGUCAAGAGCCGGGUCGGCGAGAUCAGGACGCUCGCUCACCGCGGUGGUUUCGGAGGUGAGGGACGGGAUCCAGAACCAGCGGGAUUUGGAGCGCGGAAACGGCGAGGACGGCGGCGAUGCCCGUGCCGGCGAGGACGGCGAGCCCAAGGACCCGAAUCUGGUGUCGUGGGACGGGCCAAACGAUGCGCAGAAUCCAAAGGCGUGGCCGAACAGGAGGAAAUGGGCGGCAGUUGUGUGCGGUGAGUCCAACGGCCCGGGUCUGCGGCGUGACCUGGCGUGUCGUGCUGACCCUUCUCUCGCCGCAGUGUCCCUCUUCACGCUCAUAUCGCCCGUCGCUUCCUCCAUGGUGGCCCCCGACCUGGACGCCAUCGGCAAGGAGCUCGACAUCGAGAGCCGGCCGGAGCGGGCGCUGGUCCUGUCCAUCUUCGUUGCGGCGUACGCACUCGGCCCUCUCGGCUGGGGUCCUCUCUCGGAGCUGUACGGCCGCGUCAUCGUCAUCCAGAGCUCCAACAUUGUCUUCCUCCUGUUCAACCUCGGCUGCGGCCUCGCCAGGACGGAGGGCCAAAUGAUUGCGUUCCGCUUCCUCGGAGGCAUCGGCGGCUCGGCGCCGCUGGCCAUCGGCGGCGGCGUCCUGAGCGACCUGUUCACCCCCGAGGAGAGAGGCCGGGCCAUCAGCAUCUCCUCCCUCAUGCCGCUUCUCGGACCGGCCAUUGGACCCGUGGCGGGCGGCUGGAUCGCGGAGCGGACGACGUGGCGGUGGGUGUUUUACAGCACCACGGUUGCCUGUGGCAUCAUCCAGGUCUUUGGGCUCUUCUUCCUCCAGGAGACGUAUGCGCCCGUGCUGCUGCACCGCAAGAAGCUGCGUCUCGUCAGGGAGACGGGCAACACGGAGCUGCGCACCGAGUUUGACCAUCCGGACCGGACCGUGCUCCAGGCCCUGACGACGGCCUUUACGCGCCCGUUCAAGCUGCUGGCCACCCAGCCCAUUGUCCAGGUUCUCUCGCUCUAUCUCAUGUUCCUGUACGGCACGAUAUACCUCAUCUUCUCGACGUUUCCGACGCUCUUCGCCGCCGAGUACGGCGAGUCCCCGGGCAUCAUCGGCCUCAAUUACAUCUCCAUCGGCGUCGGCUUCUUCCUGGGGACGCAGGUGUGCGCCCCGUUGCAGGACCGCGUCUACGCGGCCCUCAAGCGUCGCUACGUGCCGGACGGGGGACCAGGACGGCCAGAGUUCCGCGUCCCCAUGAUGGUUCCGGGCGCGCUGCUCGUCCCCGUCGGCAUCUUCAUCUAUGCGUGGACGGCCGAGGCGCCCACCCACUGGAUAGGGCCCAACGUCGGCGCUGCCGUGUUUGGCUUCGGGUCCAUCAUCGGAUUUCAGUGCGUCCAAGGAUACAUUGUCGAUUCGUACACGCGGUACGCCGCCAGUGCUGUGGGUGCCGUCACGGUGCUUCGCAGCUUGGCUGGUUUCGGAUUCCCGCUGUUUGCGCCGACAAUGUACGAGAACCUAGGCUAUGGCAUGGGCGGGACGGUGCUGGCCACCGUUUCCAUCGUCAUUGGGUGGCCCGCGCCGCUUCUGCUCUGGAAGUAUGGUGCCGCGUUGAGAGCAAGGAGCAGGUUUAGUACUGGGCCAUGA